CGUACGUCCGCACCCUCAAGCCGUAGUGGCACAUCCUGAACUUGCUCAUCACCCGCUCCAUCGUCCCCAACGUCACCGGCUCGCACAAGAUUCCGAAGCGGGUGCUCUAUGCUAUGUUCUCGAUGAGGGACCCGGAUCACAUGCUACAUUUGGGUUCCUUCGUGGCCACCACCUUCUCUCGAUGCCACGGGAAGCCCAACCAUCUCUACUGUGGUCCUCUGAUCACCCGUCUAACGCGCCAUUUCAACAUCAGCUUCCAGGGGCUCACACAUUCUUCUGCACAGGGCGGCUCCACCCCCCUCAGCCGGGAAGUGCUCCAUAAUGCACUCCUCCUGACCAGUGAUGGCACCCGCACCUGGGUGGAUGGGCUUUCUCUGCCUCCUGAUGAGGAUGAGGAUCUCGAUGACGAUGAGGAGGACGCUGACUAUUCUGGCGCGGAGGAGGAUGAGGAUGAUGAUGAUGAUGAUGGCGGGGCCAUGGAUGUUGAUGAGCCGGAGCCCCCGCUCUCUCCACCAGGGGACCUUCGGCCACGACGGAGACAAGAGCGAGGUGAGUCCUCCUCCGGUCCUUCUGGUCCGUCGAUGGCUUCUGGCCCGUCGAUGUACUUCUUCACGGAGCAGUUCCAGCAGAUGGGGCUCCAGUUCCAGCAGCUCGGUAUUCAGAACCAGCAGCUCAUGGACCAUCAGGUCCAGUUCCACCAGCAGUAUUCGGCCCACCAGGCUGAGUACCAGUCCAGGCUGACGGUUAUUGACGAUCGCCUCGGCCGCUUAGAGACCCAUAUGGGAGUCACGGGUGCUCUCAUCGAGCGGGAGAGAGAUCGAGGCCGCCGACUGAUGGAGUACUCUGAGCACCUGCUCCAGGCAUGCCACCCCCCAGAGGAGCACCACUGGACCACCCGGUGGGAUCAUUCACCACCACCACCACCGCUGGAUGAUGGAGACGACGACCUCAUGAACCAGAUCGACUUCACUGGUCUAGGAGGCGGUUCCUAGUGCCAUGUUUUGAGUGUGUUUUUUUUAUCAGUGUGGAAACUGUCUUGUGUUGGUUUGGUUUCUUUCUUUUUAUGUUGGAUUCUGUACUAUUGGGCUGACCAUUAGACCUGACGUAUUGUGUUGAGCUCUUUGGUUUCCUUUAGCUGUGCUUUGUUCCAUACUGGUCCUCUCUCCAGUCCGCUUCACUCCGACUGGUCCGUUUCCAGCCUCCUGCAGUCCGUGCAUACCGGUAACAUCGUUCCCUUUUCCUUCCCUCUUCUCCAUUGAGGGCAAUGUCGAUCUUAAGUGUGGGGGGAUGUUUAUCUUUUGACUGCAUUAGAUCUGUUUAUGUGCUUGGAGCCUAGUCCAAUGUCCAAAUUUUUAAAUUUGAGGGCUCCAAGUACGUGUUUCCGUGCAAUUGCGUGCUCAGUAUGCUUUGAAUCGACAGUCUUUAUAGUAAUAUGCAAACUAGGGAGGUAGUGUAGCACUAUGGAGGAUGUUGAUGCAUUUAAGAAGUCUCAUUUCUUCUUCAUAUUGUGUUGGUUGAUUGAGUGAAUUAGUGAUCUUAGGACCCUUGAAUUGUGUGGUGUUGUGGACUCUCUACCUGUCAUGGACUCUUGUUUCAUGUUUUGAGAUUAACAGGUGCUCGAAAAUGUGCUUCAAAAUAACGUAUCCUGUGCGAA